CAUGCUAUAUAUAAUAAGGUUAUGCAAUAUUAAUUAUUUAGGUACCUAAUAAAGUUUGAAGAUGGCACAAGUUGAACUGCGAGAUGAGCAUGGGAACCCAGUUGAACUCACAGAUGCAUAUGGGAAUCCGGUUUGGUUAACGGACGAGAAAGGCAAACCGGUGCACCUCACCGGUGUGGCAACCACUGCACACAAAUGUUUGCAAGAGAAUGACACACCACAAGAGCUUCCUCACUCCAAGAGCUCAAGCUCUAGCUCUUCUGAGGAUGAAGAGCAUGGAGGGAGGAGCAAGAAGGGACUGAAGGAUAAAAUAGAAGAGAAGUUGCCAGGAGGAGAAGAAGGAGAGGGAAAGGAGCAUGCACACACCACAACAGUUACUUCUGCUACUACCACAGAUAGUGGUGCUAAUCACCACCCAACCACAACCACUGACCAUGAGAAGAAGAGUAUAAUAGACAAGAUUAAAGAAAAAUUCCAAUAAGUAUAAGUCAGUGAAUUAUUCAUGAAUUUAAGCUUUGUUUAUUUUGUAUGUUUAUCUAUGUCAUGGCAUAGAUGGUUUUUGAGAGUUUCAAAGCAUAUAUCAAUAAGAGAAACGUUAUUAUGCUCACAAAAUUUUCCAGAAAUAUCUUUUGCAAUAAA